CUUUUGGUGCCGGUGUGACUAUUAUAAUCUUUCAUGUGUAACAGACCACAGUUUUACUGUGUAGUCAACCUCAUCAUUCACAAUCCCACCGGCCAUAUCAUGUCAUGUAUGUUACGUGUCUUUUAGCUCACACCCUGUAGGGAAUAUGUUUUAUUCAAAGCACAUCUUCUUAAUUAUUGGUUGAAAUGGGUAAAUUCAUAAAUAAAAUACUUUUUCUCAGCUACCCGAGGUACAGUAGUCUCAAAUCAUUAUUAAUUCAAGUGAACAGGAUUAUUGCAUCGAUCCGUAUUCGUCCACACUGGCCUGCAGGUCAAACGGCUUUAUAUUCAUAAUUACGGGCACGUACUGGACCACACGGCGUUUUCGCGUCUCUCCUGCCACCUAGCGGCGGUGGCGGUACUCGCACCCGGAAUGAGAUGUAAUCAGCCGGACAAAGAAAGGAUGCGCUGCUUGAAUCUGGACCAAAGGCGGCGGCGCGGAGAGAGCGAGCCCCCCAAAGCAUCACACGGAAACAAAACGGCCUUCGACACCUAAUUUGCACUACUUAGGACAUUUUCAGGAAACGAGGUUUAUUCUCCGAAAUUAAUUAUUUGAUUUGCAAACCCAGUGCGUUUUUCCCUUGGUAACCCGGUGAUAACUAGGAGCCCGGGGCAUUAAUCGUGGAAAUAAAAGCGAUGGAGGAGAGGAGACUGGGAAGGCGACACCAGAGCUGACUUUGAUGGCCAUCGUCAUCUUCUCGGCAGUAUCUGCGCACUUCUCUCUCCCAGCGCGCGUCACACGCCUGUUAUUAUAGGGCAGAGUCUGCUGAUCUGGACGUGAAAUAAUACCUGGGAAAAUAGAAAAAAAAAACAUUAAAAAGACUAUUUGAUUUGAAGGUUUUUAAGCGCAAGAGGGGGUGACUUAGACGUGCCUGUGCCUGGCUAUAGCAUGCCGGAGUUGACGGUGCGCUCGGCGGCCGCUGCCUGCCUGGAGUUGGCUGACCUGCCGCAGCUGCUGUCGGCGCUGCUCGGCGGCGCGCUUCUUCUCGGCGUGCUCUGGAUCGGCACCAGAAGGCUGCGUGGAGCCCCCUCGGACAAAGUCCCAGUCGGGCACACCUGGCAAAUAUCCACUUUCCCAGUGUGUGGGAGAAGAGACGGGCAGGAGCCGACGAAGAGAAAGAGGAAAGAGAAGGACGCACCGGACCAGCCGAACGGAGCGGCGCGCUCGGCCUCACCCGAGGACGCCAGCGCGGACAGCAGCAGGACGCAGGACAGCAUCAGGACGCAGGACAGCAGCAGGACGCAGGACAGCAGGGCAUUCAGGCCUAAGAAGAAGAAGGUGAAGACUGAUGAUGAGGAGAGGAGCACUUUUCUGCCAAAGGAUCACUCUUCCUCCAUGGAGCUCAGUGAGGAGGAAGACUCUGGGGAGUGGGAGAGGAAGAUGAGCAGCAAGGAGAAGAGGCAGCUGAGGAAGGAGCGGAUAAAGAGGAAGGGAAGCAGCAGGCCGGACCCAACUGUGUCAGAGACCCCUGGACUGCAGCGCAGGAAAGCCCGCCCCCUGGUGGACAGCUUGAACCCCCAAAGCACCGGGUCCUGCAGGGACUCCAGACCCUAUGAGUUAGGGAAUAUGGGCCGGCACGCAGUGGAAUGGGCACCCCCUGCUAAACUGCAGGAUGACAUCUUCUCCCACGUAGGCACCUGGAACCUGAAGGAUGUAGUGACAGAGAGGGUCACCUUCGGGACCGUCCCCGACAUCAGCUACAACAGCUUCCCACAGCCCAGUCCAUCCUGCAGGAAGUGGCGCAUGCAGAUGACAUCACUGAACAUGGAGCAGGCCUGGCUAGGCUUAGAAGACCCCCUGGACAUGGAUCAGGCCUCAGACUGGAAACCCCCCAGGGAGGAGUGGGGUAACUGGCAGGGGGACAGCAUGACGCUGCCUCACAAUGGGGUCCAGAGUCCAGGAGCUGGGAGGAAGCAAAAGCAUCGGCUGGAGGUUCGGGCACCGCCGGAGAGCAAGGUCACGCCGGACCAGCAGCUUACCGAUGAGAGUAACACUAAGAAGCACCGGAGGAAGAAGAGGGGUGUGAGGAAGACGACCUGACGUCAUUGCAGUGCCACACAGAGGGGAGCGUGAGCCAAAAAUGACAGUUCUGUCCUGGGGUGUGUGCGCAACACUGUCACAGAUUGUCACAAUGUGAGAGAGAGAGAGUGAGAGUGAGAGAGAGUGUGUGAGAGAGAGAGAGAGAGAGAGAGGGAGAGAGAGGAGAUGAAGCAGAGGUAGAGAGUGGAGCAUCCCUGGCCUGCAUACUGAACUCGGGGCCAACAUGUAGACGACUUCAGGCUUGAGACCCGCAGAGAGCGAAGCAGUGCAUUGAGGGUAAUGUUCUCUGAGACCACAAACAGGUCUCAUAGCCAGCAUGUGCCAGGAUCUGACAGAUGCCUGGGUGAGGGUAGGACAUCAUGUGCCCCCUCCCCCCCCAUUACUCUUUAUGACUUUUUGUAUCAAGAUCCCCCCAUGAAAAACUUUGUGCCACAAUUUAAAGAUUUUCGAAUGCUUGGAACCACGGAACAGGGACGUGGAGCCGCCCAGGGUUAUCUGGGUCUGUGCACUGUGCACACUGCAUGCUGUGAGGAUGACUCAUCCCGGCAAAUGCAGUGAGGACAUGGAACUGAAGAAGAAGCAGUUUGCAGUGGGAUUUCUGCCUGUGGUACGAAAAAUCCAUGCAGACGUUUUAAGAGCCUCUACUGACAUGCCAGACUGCAGUCACUGCGUUUCCCAUGUUUCCCUCAGCUUUUGGAGGUCAUGCGUCUGACUUUGGCUCCCUCAUUUCCCACGUUCUCGUGCAUUGUCAUUUCCUCCUGGGGGUGGGGGUGUUUCAUAUUCUCCGGCUCAGAUUUUGUGCCUUGACUUUAAACUCACCAUCAUUUACAUUCUGCUCAUCAACAUAAACUGCAUCAAUUUCCAUCUAAGGACUUGCCAAUGGUUGUGUUGGUCUGAGGUCGGUGUUUAACCAUUGUGAUCUAAUGGACCGUGUUGAUGCUUCAGAUCCCCGUACAGGAAGGAGUAAGGUCUCUUCCUGCCGCUGUGGGCACAGUCACUGAAUCAUCACUCUCUCACAUGUCGAAAGGACCUUUCUGGGAAAACGUGCAUAAUCCCACAUUUUUCAAAUACUGGCCUCCAUUAUUAAAAGUUUUUGUACAAAAAAACAUCUGCUCUAAAAUUCCACUAUAUUUAGUCGAGACCUGAUUCAGCUGUCAGCCGUGUUAGUAAUAGGAAUGAAUCCUUUGUUUCUUUCUUUUUCUUCGCUCUGGCAGUUAAAAUCGUUCUUACAUAUGGAGUGCGGUAACAGAUUGAAGUCACGACGCGCACAGCGCUGCCAGUAAAUGACAACCUUGCUGUAAAAUGCAGAAGAUAAGGAAACCUAAAAUAGCUCUUUAGAUGAAAGCCGCACAGUGUGAUACAUCAUUGUAUUCUUCCUUCGAUGAAGCUUGAUGGAAACUCUAAGAGGGGUUGAAGUCCCUUUAAGUCCGUCCUGAUAGCAGGGCCAGUCCAUAGCUGGUUACUUUCAUGCAGAUGCAGAACACAUCACAGGAAGUGGAUUUAUCAAGCUUUCUGCUGACUGCAUGUUCACCAGCAAAGUUUUGUACCACUGGGAAAAUUGGGCGCAUGACUUCAUUUUACAAUACAUUAGGCUGAACAUUAUAAUGGGUGUUUAUUCAGACCGAUAGGCACAUU